UCCCAACGCUGCCCAGAGCAGAGAGAGGAAAAAAGAACUGAGAAGUCAGACAGAGAACAAGAAACUGAGAGUACUGAGCUAAAAUGAACCUUCUUCCUAGCUUUUCCAUUGAGACCUGGGCUCUCCUGAUUGCACUGCUGUUUCUCCUGAUACUAUAUGGGAUCUGGCCAUUUGGUUUUUUCAAGAAAUUGGGCAUCCCUGGGCCAAAGCCACUGCCUUUCUUUGGAACUGCCUUGGAGUAUCGUAAAGGUUUCCUGGUGUUUGACUACACGUGCUAUGAGAAAUAUGGGAAAAUCUGGGGGUUUUAUGAUGGCAGGCAACCUGUGCUGGCUGUCACAGAUUCUACAGUAAUUAAAACUGUGCUGGUGAAAGAGUGCUUCACUACCUUUACCAACCGGCGGAAUUUAGGUCUCGUGGGAGAGCUGGAGUCGGCUGUCUCCCUAGCUGAGGAUGAGAAGUGGAAGAGGAUUCGCACUGUGCUCUCCCCAACCUUCACCAGUGGGAAGCUAAAGGAGAUGUUUCCCAUUAUCAAGCAUUACGGGGAGGUUUUGGUGAGAAAUGUUCAGAAGAAAGCAGAAAAGGAUGAGCCCGUGGCCGUUAAGGACAUCUUUGGAGCCUAUAGCAUGGAUGUUGUCACUAGCACUUCCUUCGGUGUGAACAUUGACUCCAUGAACAACCCCAAAGAUCCUUUUGUCAAGGAAAUCAAGAAGCUAGUGAAGUUUAACUUUUUUGACCCACUCUUCAUUUUGAUAUUUGUAUGCCCAUUUCUCAUUCCCCUUCUUAAGAAGAUGAAUGUGAAUUUUUUCCCCAAAGAUGCCAUAAAAUUCUUCACAACGUCGAUCGCCAAAAUAAAGGAGGACCGUGAAAAAGAGGCCAAAGGGGGCAGAGUGGAUUUCCUGCAGCUGAUGAUCGAAUCCCAGAACUCUAACACUAGCCAUGAAAGCAAUGGAGUGACUCACACAUAUAAAGGCCUGACUGAUACUGAGAUCUUGGCACAAGCAUUUAUCUUCAUUUUUGCUGGAUAUGAACCCACCAGCAACUCCCUUGGCUACCUGGCUUACGAACUGGCCACCCACCCUGAUGUGCAGCAAAAGCUGCAGGAAGAGAUAGACUCAGUUUUACCAAACAAGGCUCCUCUUACCUACAAUGCCCUGAUGCAGAUGGAGUAUCUCGACAUGUCAGUGAAUGAAAUCCUUAGGCUGUUUCCUCUUGGAGGACGACUUGAAAGGGUCUGCAAGAAAGACGUAGAGAUAAAUGGACUGACCAUUCCAAAAGACACCGUGGUUAUGAUACCACCCUCUGUUCUGCACCGUAUCCCAGAAUACUGGCCAGAACCAGAGGAGUUCAGACCAGAAAGGUUCAGUAAAGAGAACAAAGAAAUGAUGGAUCCUUAUGUGUACCUGCCCUUUGGAGCUGGACCCAGAAACUGCAUUGGAAUGAGGUUUGCUCUCCUCUCCAUGAAAGUUGCUAUCGCCAGUCUGCUGCAGAAUUUCACCUUCAGACCCUGCAAAGAAACCCAGAUCCCGCUCAAGCUGAAUUCCCAGGGAUUCAUACUACCAGAGAAACCUAUUGUUCUGAAGUUAGUCCCCAGAGCUUAUACCUCACACCCAGAGGAGUAAGACCCAACAGAGUUCACAGCAGCUUUCCAGAGUACCAGCAGAGGCUUUACACAUCAUUGGGUCUCUGCAACAGACGCAGAAGAAGAGCUUCCAUUCAUUCCAAAGGCAUUUACUAAAUGUCUACAGAAAAAUAUGACUGUCAGAAAUGUAAACUGAGUCACUGGGCAGUGAUUGUAAAUUGCUUUAAUACCAUCAGAUUUAGAGAAUGUAUAUAAAGGAAAAAUUCUACUGAGGCACGA